UUAAAGCUCACCUGUAACGGUAACUGUAACGGAGUGUUGACCAGUGGCAUGUUUUUCUCGUUUUGUGUACAUCAACAUCUUGUUUUUCGUCUUAAAAUUAUUUGUAAUUGAGAACAUGGAGCAGGUCCGUGCAGUGGUGCAGCUGAGUGACAACAAAUCCCACAGGAAACCAAACCAAAGCGCCGGAGAAGCCAACAUUGGAGCUUCUGCACCUGGAAGAGAACCGCAGCCCCAGGCGGAGGCCUUCCAAUAUGGCGGUCAGGUGAGCAUUCUGGACGGGCACAGCCUCCGACUGCUCUACUGCCAAAAUUCCUCCAAGCCGCAUUUGCUCAUGGCCCAAAAGUUUCACUUUGAUGUGCUGAGCACCCAGGAAAGCGUCGUUGAGAUCCCAAUCCUGCUGAACAACCUCUUUGGGAAGCGGCGGGAUGGUUUUCUUAUGCACAUGAGAGUAAAUCGCGAGUGCCACCUGAUGUUCCUCCUAGAUACCCUGGUGAUCCAGGUUAGAUCGAAGCUUAAAAGUGAGGGUCUCAGCCUGGAUCACGGCAUAGUGAGGUUCCGAAAACUCCUGGAGGAGGAAGAAGGAAACAGUUUGCAGGUGGAGCGCGCCUUUAGCGACAUUCACGGGCUGAUGUUAUGGCUCCUAAAUCAGUACAGAAUGCGGGCUGAGCUCAGCACAGGACCCGGUCACGAAGCCCUGGAGGUGGAGUACAUGGUGUCCUCGGAGGAAAGACGCCUCCAGUUCAGUGUCCGUCUGUACAUCCUUCUAGUGGCCACAGAGGAGCUAAGUGCGGACUCCAUGCGAGGUUUACGCUACUACUUCUACGAUAGACAAAUUUCAUCCGCUGUGGUGGGUACUGAGCUCAUUAACUUCAUGUUGCAUGUGACCCAAAGGAGUCGCAAUCAGAACUUGUACUUUCUAAUGUUGUGCCAUGUGUUGUCUACUAACUCCGAGGUGGAUGCACAGAAUGCACAGCUUCUGAGCUUGGCUCAUCUGGUCAGUCGGCGGAGUUGUCUCCAAGAGGAUUCCAUGCCUUCUAACUGCUCCUUCGCCCACUUGAACCAUUUGGAUACCCAGCAGCAAGAGAUCCAUGAUCGCUUUAAGCUGGUUCAGGCCAGUCUGAUGCAGUACAUCCAAAAGGCGGAGCAACUGAAGGGCUAUCGGCAACGUUUCGACGACCAACUGGCCCAGUACGAGGAACUGCUAAAGCAAACAGCCAACUCCGAAUUCAAUUCUUUCAUACAAGCCUCUCAGGCGAAUCUGCACCAUAUACACAACCUGGUGGGAAAGAAAUAACCAAAAAGGUUCUUAAACAUUGUAUUUGUCUUGUGUGAACUCUCUGUACUCCGUAAAUAUAGCAAUGUACUCCCAGAAAUUGAA